UUUUCAGCAAACGUAAAUAUCAUUUAUAUGGUUAUUUUGUUUUUACCAUUCUGCUCCAUAACAAUUCUGCUCCAUAGAAACCACACAAACGUAUUCUUCUUCAUUCUUUGUUAUUCUGCAACGCUUCAAGAAUUAAAUAUCAGAAAAUGGAAAUAGGAAAUAAGGUUUACCUAAAUAACAUUGACCAGAUAGAUGAAAAAUCGCAUAUCAAGGUUCGGGUGCUUAAAAUUUGGAACUUUGUCAGAAAUAAUAAAGUUUGUUCCAUUGAAAUGAUCAUCAUGGAUGAGGAGGGUACACAAUACCAAGCUCGUGUCUUCAAUCAGAAUUUCUCCAGAUUUCGUCAUCUUUUAAAGGAAGAUGAAAGUUAUAUAGUUAUAAAACCCAAUAUGGCUGCUGUUACUAAUGGUUUUAGUUAUACAGAUGUUAUUGGACAUAUCGUGUCAUUUAGGCCUCUUGAAACUUCAAAUCCAGUACCAUCCAAGCAUUAUAUAAAAGUCACUCUUAGCAACCUAGAUUCUGUACAUCUGAAGGUUACUAUUUUUGGAAGUCAAGCAUAUCAAAUUUCAGAAUACCUAAAAAAUAACCCGACUGUUAAUUUUGUUGUUAUCGUGAUGCAGUUUUUGAAGCUAAACAUUUGGAAUGGUCUUGGUGAAGCUAAAAGUCAUUUUGAAGUAACGAAAUUGUUCAUAAAUUCUGACAUUUAUGAAAUAAAUGAGUUUAAAAAUAAGUUGAAAUGUCAUGACAAUUUCGGUAUAACUGAAAAAAGCAUAACUACACUUCAAAGCUACUCUUCUUCAUAUACAGAUGACUUUAAGGGCAAUUUUCCAUUAAAAACAAUCUGUGAGAUCACCGAACCAAUUAAGGAAAUGAAGUUUUUAUUAGUUGCUUCCAUUGUUAAUAUAAGGCAGAAUCUACCAUGGUAUAUAAUUCCAAUUAACGUACAAGAUUGUACUGGAACCAUUGGAUUGACUCUUUUUGAUAGGGAAGCAAGGAGGUUGUUAAAUAUAAGUGCCUACGAGUUGAAAAAGAUACAUGAUGCGGCCGGAGACAGUGAUGCCCUAUUUCCAAUGCAACUUAACGUGUUGAAAAACCGCAAGUUUGGUUUUGUUGUAGAUAUUACAGAAUACAAUGUCAACAACUAUAAUAACAUCUACACAGUUCUCAGAGUUACAGAAGAUAUGUCCAUUGUUUGUGAAUUGGAAAGUAAAAUAGAACUUAUGAGUAUUCAAUCUGUCUCCUUAAAUCAAGUUGCUUUGGAAUCCGAUGAUGUUGUACAGCCUGUUCAAAAGGAUGUGAUCUCACAAACAGACGAAAGUUUUACACCCUCAACAGUUGAUAAGUCAACCGCAACAAGUCCUUGCAAAAUAUCAGGUGAUUUGAAGCGCAACCUCCAAGAAAUUUAUGAUGUUGAUUCUGGAUAUGAUUUAAGUUCAACUAAGGCUAAAAGAAAGUCAACCGCAGAGGAAACUCCACUCUUGAUUCCAAAAAUUGAAAAGUGA